CAACGAAUUAAAUAUUAUACUUAUAAUUCAUACUGAGAGUUUGAGAUUAGAAAAUGCCGAUUAGACUUUAGAAAUUAGAGUCAGAUUUCAUGUAUAUAUAUUUUUAGGCGCUCAGAUUUGCUAAAAUGUGAAAUACAUAUUUUAUAAGAGUAACAUUUGGUAUUAUAACGUUUCAAAGUUAGUGCAGCUACUAGUACUAAUAAUAUCACUGGCAUUAGCAGUACUAGUGCUGAAGUAUGAAUUAGUUUAUGAAUAAUUUAAUAAAUUGUAACGUUUGCCAAAUACAGAUGAAAGAUUAGAUACGUGAAUAUUAACAGUAUUAGCAUGGAAAGAAACCAUGUUUGAGUAACCAUUUGUUUUUAAUUUUAGUAUUUUUGAUAUAUUGAUUUCAAUAUGAAGUUUUAAAUUUAAUUAAAAUUCAAAUGCCGUACAUAUUGUGUUUUAAGAUAUUCCAAAUACAGUUUCUUCAGUGUGAAAUCAGGCAGAUGUGAAAACAUUUAAAUACUGAAAAUGCUCUGUGUUAUAAUACGUUUAAUGGUGAUAUAUAGCCAUAUUCUCGGUAAAAGUAGUGCUAAUAACAUUUUCAACAGAAAAUAAAUGCAAGAUGGAAGGUAUGAAGUGUAACUUGGAUAUUUAUGUCGACACUGAGCAAAAAACUGAAGAAUUUGAUCUGAAGGUGGAUGAUAGAGUUUGUAUUCAAGAAGUUAACUUACUGCCAGAUUUUAAUCAGCAGAGUGACAAGUACAAUAAUGAUAUAAACUGCAAUCUCCAAAGCUUGUGACUGAAGAUGUACAUAUGUACAUAUUGAAAAGUACUCUUGCUCAAACUUUAAAUAGGCAAACUAAUUGAAAGUCUAUCCCACAAAGUGAAAUACUUUGUUCUGUAAGUUUGUUACAAACCUUCAGAAAAUCAUGGAGUCACAAGAAAGUCUCACUGUACAUCUCCAGAACAAUCUCAAAAUGAAUGGAUCACAGAAAGUUGGGAAAAAAGGUCUGUCUAGAAGAUCACGACACUCCUUCAAGGUUGUGAGGAAAUCUACAGGAGUAGAGGUAGCAGGAAUUGAUGUGCCUGAUCAUGUGCUGACUGCGGAUGAUAGAAGUAGUUCUGUUGAAGUUAAUGAAGAAGAAUUUCAAUGGGAAAUGUUGGCAGCUAUCCCAAGCUUCACAGUUCCUAUGGCAAUGAAGAGAGAUUUUAGGAACAAAGUUAAACAAGCUCAAGUCAGUCCAGCAGCUGGUUUUGCUGCCUGGGAACUAAGGCAGCAGAAAGCAAAGAAAAAACUAUGGGAGACAUGGAAGGAGUUAAUUUCUAGCUUGAAUGUUUGGUCACAUCCACUCAAAAGAAUUGAAGGUUAUCAUGGGACUGGAGUUGUUUCAUACUUUUUGUUUCUUCGCUGGCUGCUGUUCUUGAACCUUGGGAUCUUUUUUCUUGUUGUUCUCUUCAUUCUUCUCCCGCAUAUACUUUUCAAACCCUUGGAAAGCUCAGAGUUAAAAAUAGAAAAUAAAACUCUUGCUAGCAGUAACUAUUUUCCCAAGCCAGCAGCACUGAGACUGUAUUCUCCUAGCGACCUCUUCCCAAAUCUCCCAGAUGAAGUUUUUUCCAUUUUCCAAGACAUUGGAGGCAAGGCUUUUGACCAAGCAUCACAGAUCACUAGUCUUUUGCCAUCAGCUCUUAAAUCUGAUAAAGCUUUCUUUACAGAUGAAAGACUAAAAUUUAGUCCAUUUUGUUCAGAAAAUUACACAGUUAUGGUUAACAAUUUCAAGAGUAGUAAGAUUGAUCUAGUGCUUCAGGACUUCAUGCAAGGAACAGGUUGGAUGGAGCUGACAUUGUUAUUCUAUGGUUACUACAAUCAUUAUAAGUUAAACCUGUUUGGAACUACUCGGAUCUACAACUUCCCACUGGCCUACCUUCUGACAACUUUGGCCUAUUUUUUAGCUUCUCUGGUAUUGAUGGUUGGCUACACAACAGAAGGUGUAAAAGAAACAUUGAUGACUUCAGAAAGUCAGCUUCACAAAUACUGUGACAUGGUUUUUGCUGGCUGGGAUUUCUGCAUUGAGGAUAAGAAGACAGCUAUGUUAAAACACAGCAGCAUUACUCGAGAGCUGAAGGGGCACCUUGCUGAAGAUCAACGAAAUGCUGAACUUUCCCAGUGGACACGCAAAAAGAAAGCAAAAGUGUAUACAGUUAGAACAAUUGUUAAUUUAGCUGUAUUGGGCCUUUUAAUUCUGUGUGGAUACAUACUUUUACUUGUGUCCAAUCUGUCCUUGGAGAAAUCAGGAGAAGAUAAUGAAGGUUUUCUAGCAGUGGUUAUUCAGUUGUUACCUUCACUGACCAUCACAGGACUCAGCCUGGUUGUUCCUACAAUGUUUGGAAAAAUGGUGACUUUUGAAGAAUACUCUAAAGACUUUGAAAUUAAGAUCACUCUUAUUAGAACAGUUUUUCUCAGGUUGGCUUCAAUUGGAAUUCUGAUUUAUUCCUUCCACCACCAAAUCAGCUGUUCUGGAGUCAGUUUAGAUUCAUGUAAACAAGGAAUAAACAGUUUAGGCUGUAAAAAGCCAAUGUGUUGGGAAACAUACAUUGGUCAACAGUUAUACAAACUGGUCCUCAUGGACUUCCUUGUUGCAGUAUUCAAGACAUUUGUAGUGGAACUGGCUCGGAAGUUCAUAGUAACCCACUGCACCUGUGCUAAAAAAAUCGGCAGGCAGGAGUUUGAUGUUACAUCUAAUGUCUUGGAUCUAGUGUACUCUCAGACACUAUGCUGGCUUGGUACUUUCUAUAGUCCAUUACUUCCAGGAAUCACUGUAAUUAAAUACUUCAUUUUGUUCUAUAUCAAACAGUUUACCGUGAUGGUGAACUGUGUUCCUUCACAGAUUCCAUACAGAGCUUCCCGCUCCAACACUUUCUUUAUGAUUGUCUUGAUGCUGUCAUUUGUCUUGUGCAUCAUUCCUUUAGGAUAUUCUAUUGCUGAGGUUUCACCAUCUUUUGGUUGUGGUCCAUUCCGUAUCUACUCAAUCAUGUGGUUACCAGUUAAAGAAAUGAUUCGUACUUGGCCAACUACCUUACAGAGUAUUGUAGACUUCCUUACAAGUGCUGGAUUUGCCGUACCUUGUUUCAUUAUCUUGUGCUUGGCUCUGUAUUAUUAUUCUGCCCAGACUUCAGCUCACAAGCACAUGGCUAAUGUUUUAAAAGAUCAGCUUAUUGAUGAAGGAAGAGACAAACAAUUUCUAUUAGCCAGAUUAUCUGAGGUUGCCAAACAGCGAGAACUUAUAACAACUUAGUAUAAGGAAAAUAUUUGUGUUAGCUACAACUGCUUUGAGCUCUAAUUUCUUAACUUACACUUUUUAAUGUAGUUUCACUAUACAGGAAGCUGCUAUUGUAAUUAUUUUUUAUAGAAUUUCAAUUUUAGGAUACAGUUUAGUGUAAGUGAUGUAUAUCAUACCUCAUAUGUUGUACUGAAACAAAAUAACUUCUGUUGAGAAUUUUUUCCAAUUGUACUUGAGAUUUGAUAUGGAUAACAAAUGUUUGUAGCCAAACCAGUUUUUCUUUUUACAAAGAUGGAUUAUAAUUGUGUUAGAACCAAAGUUGUGCAGGUAAAAUCAAAGUGUUAUUUGCUAACACCCAAUAUACUAAAAAGCUAAAGCCUUUUCAUCCUUAGAUUUUAAAUUCUGUUCCAUGUUACUUUACAAGAGGGAUGCAGUGAUAAUCUGUAAAGUUUUCCAAUUUUGAAGGUUAAAAAGUUGAUUAUGUUUGGUUAACAGUACCAAGACUAAAAUAUUCAUAUUUUGUUCAAGUCAAAACUAUAAAUUCUUGUUGUAUAUUUUAUAUCCCAUUAUGCACAGGUAUGAAAAAAAAAAAGCUAAUUGAGCAGUCCAAUAGAUUAUUAGGUCACUGAAAUUUGUUGCUGUUGUAUAUCUUUUAUAAAAUUGCAAGGUGCUUAACUAAAAUUUAUGUACUAUGUUAUUGCACUUUGUAUCCAUAUUCUUGUUAAUAAAAGGAACUUAUGAAACUA